AGUAGAGAAAGGCCCACAAUGUGGUCCUCCACAGGCGCACAGGCACAUCGACGAAAACAGUUGGGCCGUAAGUGCACAGCAACCAAAAGGAGGGACUCGCCCAAUAGCACCGCCGCGCCGUGCCACUGCCAAUACCAACCAUAGUCGAGGCGCUGCUUUUUGUCUCACUCUCUCUCGAGAGAGAAGAGAGGAGUGAAUAAGGGCGAAACCCGAAACCCUGUUAUCCUCUCGACUACAUCGAGUUCAAAGUGAGAGCAAUGGGGGUGCGCGUGGGCUUUGCUAUAUGGUGGUAUGGAAUAAACUAAAGUCAUGCAAACUGGAUAGCCGGAAAGCAAGAGGAGACACCAACCCCUCUUAGGACUCCAAUCGCUUUGUUCGCUCAGUUUUAUGGAAUUUUGAUCUCUGAUUCGCGUAAGCAAUAUAUCCAUACCGAAUCUGUCUAUCAUCAUGUCUCUUGUUUUCUAUUUAUUACUGGAAUGCCACUUUUGCAUCUGACUCUCUCUCUCUCUCUCUCUCUCUCAGAGUUCUGUUUUCGUAAGUUUUGUUACUUGUAUUUCUUCUCUCUUUGCUUCUUGAAAUCCCUUCUCUGUCUAAAAAUAUACCCGUUAGAUAAAGGGUUAUUUUUUUCCCGAGCAUUAUGAGCGAACCAGAAGAAAGGUUUUCAGGCAUGGACUCGGUGUUAUCAGGUUGUGCACUUGAUCCUGCAAAAUAUAGCCAGCUAAGCUUGGGAGAGAAAAGAGCACUAGUCCACGAGAUUGCCCGAUGGUCAAAAGAUGCCCCAGAUAUUCUUCGUUCUUUUACCCGUCCAGAGCUUCUCGAAAUCAUCUGUGCUGAAAUGGGCAAAGAGAGAAAGUACACGGGAUACACAAAAUCUCAAAUGAUAGAACACCUUCUAAAGUUAGUUUCUCAGAAUUUUGAGGGGCGAAAUUCAUUUGCCUUUUCUCCUGCUCGUAUUGGAUUAAAAAGGAAAAGGAAUGUAGUCCCUCCUUCUCAACUAUUGACUGACCUAAAUCAUGCUCCUCCAGAAAACAAUGAAGAAGAACAUGUGAAAAUUCUGCUGUGUCAGAAUGUAGCUUGCAAGGCUUCUUUAACUCCAGAGGAUGCCUUUUGCAAGAGAUGUUCUUGCUGUAUCUGUCAUUAUUAUGAUGAUAACAAGGAUCCUAGUCUGUGGUUGACCUGUGAGAAUGACCUCUGCGGAUUGUCUUGCCAUCUUGAAUGUGCGUUGAAGCAUGAAAGAGCUGGUAUUUUGAAGAAUAAAUGUUGUAAAAAGCUGGAUGGAAGCUUCUAUUGUGUAUCAUGUGGAAAAAUCCAUGGGCUAAUGAGAACCUGGAGGAAACAAUUGCUGGUUGCCAAGGAGGCUAGAAGAGUGGAUGUACUAUGUCUACGGUUAUCUUUGGCUCAAAAGAUUCUCUUGGGAACAGCACUAUACAAAGAAGUGCAUAGGACAGUGGAUUCUGCGGUGAAAAUACUGAAAGAUGAAGUGGGCCCUCUAGAUCAGGUAUGCAAAAGUAUGGCACGCUGCAUCGUCAACAGACUCCCUUGUGGUGCUGAGGUCCAGAAGUUAUGUGCUUCUGCUGUGGCAUCUUUUGAUUCGACGUUUUGCCUGGAUUAUAUGGAAAAGAAAUAUCCAUUUGCUUGUCGGAUCCAGUUUGAAGACUCCACCCCUACCUCGGUGAUCAUUGUGCUAGAAUAUGAAGAUCAUCUGUUAAAAGAAUACCUAGGCUGCAGACUCUGGCAUCGCAAGUCUGUCAUGAAGGAUUAUCCAGAGCAACCCACUUUCAUUGUAUUUAGGCCAGAGAAGAGAUUCAAGAUAAGCCACCUUCACCCUUCUACUGAGUAUUUCUGCAAGGUUUCUUUGUUUAGCAGCACAGGGGUAUUGGGUGUUUUGGAAGCUAAAUGGGAGACACCCACAUCGGAUAGAAGCUGUUUUACAGCUUUAAAACAUGGAAAGACAGAACAUACAAUUAUAGGGCAAGAUCAUCUUCAGGUGGAGUCAACCAAGUUUGGUAACAAUAAAUUAGCACCUCCUGCAAAGCUUCAACCGUUGGUCGACAUCAACAAGAGCAAGAGUGAAAGGUAUUGCUCGCCGUCUCUUUUCAUUGAAACUGUUUCUCCUUCCACUCCUUGUAAGUGCAGUGGAAUGCGAGCAGUUCCAGAUAUGGGUUGUAAAAAGCGCGUAGAGGAAAUUGAUUAUGAGCAUUCCGUGCAAGUGGUCAAAUUGUUAGAGCAUGAAGGGCACCUGGAUGAAGAUUUUAGAGUAAAAUUUCUCACUUGGUUCAGCCUCAAAGCCACAGAGCAAGAGAGAAGGGUGGUUAAUGUCUUCGUGGCUACUUUGCUUGACGACCCUCCUAGCUUAGCCGGACAGCUUAUGGAUACCUUCAUGGACAAGAUAUGCUGUGAACAAAAACCAGUCAAUUCUAGGCAUGGCUUUUGCUUUAGCCUGUGGCAUUAAUGCUGAAUAGUUAUUUUAUUUUGCAUGAAUAUUUUAGAGAGUAACCAAAGACAUGUAGGCUUUUUACUGGCAAAACAGAAAAAUAUAUUUGGCUACUUCAAGCCAGAAAAAUGUGAAGCUCCUUGACUUUUAUCUCUCA